CUUUGGCACAUUAGUCAAUCCAGGAUGAAGGUGACGAGCUGCAACCUUGCGGGGGCGCUAGCGCUGCUGUUCGUGCCGUUGCUAGCCGGUGAGGCAUCCGCAAAUACCAUCCAUGUGAAGGUGUACAGUUCGCACUUGCGCCGCCGCAGCGAGAGGCCGCAGAAGGCUCUUGAGACGGCUGAGACUGCUGAGACCAUGUAGGACGAGGCUCUUCAUCUCGCGUACUGGAUGGGGUAUUGACAAUGGUUGGUGCCGCAGUGACUGGACAGGUCAAGGGUUGACAUCCUGGAGUGAAGUGGAAGGCAACUUAACGUCGGAGGUCGAGACACUGUGAGUGGAGACGCCUGACGAGCACCCAUAGUGGGAAGAGGCUGACCAAUGAAUUGGAUACUGUACAGGAACGUAUCGUCCAAUGCGCUAGGAACAGUCAGCUUUACACAGACGUUCAAGGAGCUACAGACGCUGUACGGAGGACGACUCAUAUGGACGUAGCGAAGGCAGUGGCUGAUGUUUUGCUGUUUAUGCGCUGCAGGACUUGCUCGAAUGCGUCCUUGACCCAGCUGAAUGUGGAUAUGACGUACCUAGAGACGCUCAUUGCGUCGGCCAAUCGGCUGGCAUCCUUUGAGAAUAUUUCGUUGGCGACGACAAUUGUGGAGCUGUAUGUUGAUACUGGGUAGGAGAUGUUUUGUGGAUAAGUACUGACUAUUGUGACUGUGGAUAGUGACUUGUCGGCGAACCAAUUGUCGGACUGGGAGAAUUUCGAGUUGCCGCGUGACUUGCAAAUAUUGUACGUACAUUAAUAGAGAGGAAGUCGUAAGGUACUGAUUUGUGAGUUUGUGGUUUGUGGUUGGUAGAAACCUCAGUCACAAUGUAAUCGGGGACAUCACCGGCUCCAAUUUGUCAGCAACGGACUUGGUGUCGAUCGACUUGUCAUCAAACAAUCUGACCUCCGUGGUCGGCGUGAUCUUCCCAAGCAACCUUACCACACUGGAUUUAAGCAAUAACAGCAUUGAAACCUUCGAAAUCCGUGAGGCCGAUCUAGCUGUGUUAUCCAACCUCACCUCGCUCAAGAUGGACGAUCUCGAGCAAUCGGAUUGUCCAAGUAGCGGUGCGACUACCGAAACAAUUGGCAACGUGCAAGUCUGUGUUGUCUCCGACUCCACGUUCCAGAAUGCUUACUUCCGCAGCGAAAGUGCGUGGAAGAUAGACAAGGGCGUGGAAUACCUGAGUGCGAUCUUGAGUGUCUUGAUAAGCCUCUGGUUUGUGAUACUCCUGGUGGGUCAUUCAAUCAAGAGGCAUCGGAACGCGGCUAAAACGGACGAGCAGCUACGUGACACGGUGGAAAUCUCGUCUCUCACGGCGUCACGACACUGGUCCCUGUCGAAGGAGGAAGAGAUACCCAACGACGUGCGCUUUGACCCCGAGUUCACGUCGUUCCGUAUUGAUCCGUCAGAUGUGAUGCAAGUUCGUACGUUGGCGCACGGCAACUUUGCCAUGACAUCACUCGUGUAUCUCGGGGAUAAACAAGCUGUCAUGAAGAAGGUUUCGGUUCAUUCACAGGGCCAGAAUCGCGAUCAGAUGGCUGCGUUCAUGGACGAAAUACGCGUAUGCGCCAAGCUAGAGCACCCAAAGGUGGUGGGCUUCCUCGGUAUUAUGUGGGCUAGUCUGUCGGAUCUCUCGGCUAUUGUGGAAUACGCUCAACACGGGAGUCUUGCGGUAUUUCUGAAAGAGAAAAAAACCAGUCGGAAGGUUUCGUUCACUUGGAUGGAGUCGUCCAGCGAAUCCCCGAGUAAACUUUCAAUUGCAUUGCAAGUGUCCGAGGCGCUCGUGUAUCUGCAAAGCUUUGCACCUCCAAUCAUACACGGCCACUUGAAAGCAGAUAGUCUGCUGCUGGGAUCGGCGUGGGAAGUCAAGCUGAAUCGACUCGGCUACAGAUUGGACACAUCUUCGUUAUCGAUCGAGGAUCGGGCAUGGACAGCUCCGGAAGUUUUGACGAGUGGCGAGUUUGAUGAGAAGUCGGACGUUUACUCGUUUGGAGUGGUCAUGUCCGAGUUGGAUCGCUGCAAACUGCCGUUUUCUCGAAAGGAGUCGCGACGAACAGUCAAGGCCAUGCCUAUUCAGGAUGACCCGACCGAUACUCCGGAUGAGUUGACGACGAUGGAUGCCAACUUUCCCGGUUAUGGUGCCUUCAUGGAAAUCGGAACGUCGCCAACGUCGGCGACCUUGAGCACCGGUGGCGAGGUUGGCAAAGACGCCGACAAAUACAACCCCGGACAGCUCCAUGCGGCGCGGAUUAACCGUCGUCUUGAGGUGACCAAGAGUACAGACAUGCAGAAGCUCGAGACGUUCUUCGGCCUUGAGCUCGAGACGGAUAUCACCAAGUUGCCAACCAAGUACCAGCACGAUCCGAUCCCGUGGCCAGCCAGUUACUGGCCGGUGUACGCUGACAGUAUCAACUACCGCUGGGCGAAGGGAAAGCCCAGUCCCGCUGAGAAAUAUGCCAACGCAUUCGGCUACGACGCCAAGGAAUUGAUGGAUAAGAUUUCAGCCAAGAACGGUAUCGACUCGCAGACCAAGCGGAAGAACUGCACGGAUGACGCUGUGUGUAAGGCCCUGAAGGACGGAAGUGUGUGCGCAAAGCGUGAGGGUAAGACGGAGGGCCACUGCAUCCCGACCUGGUUCGGUAUUUGCCACGCCUGGGCCCCCGCUGCUAUUCUGGAGGCCGAGCCGGCGUGUGCUGUUGAGCGCAACGGCACGGUGUUCGAGCCGUACGACAUCAAGGGUCUGAUCACUCUGGCGUACGAUGGCUCCAAGAUCCCGACCAUUUUCACGGGCUCUCGCUUCAACGGUAACGACAACGCCCCGAACAACACGGACCAGUACGGCCGCUUCUUCGACGACCGUCGUCGUGACAUCAGUCCCGGUUACUUCCACGUCGCUGUGACCAACAUCAUGGGCCGCUUCAACCACAGCUUCGUCGUCGAUAUCACUGCAGGUAACGAGGUGUGGAACCAGCCUGCGCGUAGUUAUGAGAUCCUCCGUCUGUCCUGGACGACGCCCACCGCCGCCGCGAAGAAGUACUUUGACACGGAUAAGUACCCGUUCAAUGACGCCGCCACCAAGAUCGCUGUGGUGACCACGCGUUUCAGCUGGAUCGUCGAGUCUGGAACCAACGGACCUCUCGUCAGUACCGGUCUGGUCGACAAGUCCACGACCAGCGCUGACUACGAGUACAUCCUCGAGACGGACGAGACGUACCAGAUUCUGGGUGGUGAAUGGCUAUCGGGUUCCAAGGCCAACCACCCCGAUUUCCUGUGGCUGCCUGCCAGCAAGCCUGACAACUCCACCGUCACGUCGGUGGGCCUGCACUACGCCGAGAUCGAAGCCCUGCUUGACGAGUCCACUAGCAGUAGCGGUGACUGCAAGGCUGUGUCUCAGACGUCGACGGCUGCUCCGGCCCCCGCUUCAUCGACCGAGUCGUCCGCCGCUGGAUCGGCCCCGGCCGCGUCGGGCGACGGCUCUGCACCGGCCCCCGAGUCUGGUGAUGGUUCUGCGCCGGCCCCCGAGUCUGGUGAUGGUUCUGCGCCGGCCCCCGAGUCUGGUCGGACAAGUCCGUCGGCGGUGUAA